GUGACCUUUGAAAGGAAAAGUAGGUAGUGCACUGUACCUUCCUAGCUAUAGCUGGCGAGGGCAGACUCAGCUGGCUAGACUGGGAAGCAUGCCUGUGACUGUGUAGCAUCAGAGUCUCCAGAGGAGAUAGCAGCAUGCAGAACCCCCUCUCCUCUUCCCCUGGAGGCUCACGCUCUUCCCUUUCUGCUUAGACAUCACCGGCAAGGCAGCUGCAGAAGCAGACACUCACUGGCGCUUUCCACUCCUCCGCAGGCUGUUCCUGUCAAAGCUGUCUUUUUUGUUUGCUUGUUUGCAGGUCCCCACAAGCUUCCAAGGGAUGGCUGCUGAUGUUCACAAGAAGGAUGGAGAUGUGCCCAAUGGCUCAUUGGUCCCAUGCGACAGAAAGCAGGCUGAGAGGUCAGAGAGUCCUACCCCAGGUCUCACGCAGGGAACAGAACCAGGGGCAGGCCAGGAGGGAGCCAUGUUUGUUCAUGCCAAGUCCUAUGAAGACCUGACCAGCACCGAGAAUCAGGAUGCGACUCCCCAGAGCCUGGAGGAAAGCGAAGAGCGCCAAGGUGAGCAGGCAAAGAUGGAGGAGAUCAGCAAGGACUUCAGCGAACUGAGCACCCAGCUCACUGGCAUAGCCCUGGAUUUGGAGGAAGAGAUAAGGCACAGCAAAGAAGACAAGUUGGAGCUCUCGCCGCAGGCCUCGCGCCGAGACUCUGUGCUGUCUGGGAAGGAGGAAGAAGAUGUGACCAUGGAUGCCUGGCGCAUGCACCAGAAGCAUGUCUUUGUUCUGAGUGAGGCAGGCAAGCCGGUGUAUUCCCGCUAUGGGUCUGAAGAGGCACUGUCCAGCACCAUGGGUGUGAUGAUGGCUCUGGUGUCCUUCCUUGAAGCACAGAAGAAUUCCAUCAGGUCUAUUCAUGCAGAUGGGUACAAGGUGGUGUUUGUGCGCAGGAGCCCCCUGGUGCUGGUUGCUGUGGCUCAGACACGGCAGUCAGAACAAGAAAUUGCUCAGGAGCUUCUUUAUAUCUACUACCAGAUCCUUAGUCUCUUGACGUGGACCCAGCUCAGCCGUAUCUUCCAGCAGAAGCAGAACUAUGACCUGAGGAGACUGCUGGCAGGCUCCGAGCGCAUCACGGACAACUUGCUAGACCUGAUGGCGAGGGACCCGAGCUUUCUGAUGGGGGCUGCACGUUGCCUCCCUAUGGCUGCUGGAGUCAGGGAUGCCGUGAGCUCCUGCCUCCAGCAAGCCAAAGCUAAAAGCCUGGUCUUCUCCAUCCUCUUAUCCAAGAACCAGCUGGUAUCUCUGGUGAGAAAAAAGGACCAGUUCCUGCAUCCGAUUGACCUUCACCUACUCUUCAACCUCAUCAGUUCAUCCUCCUCAUUUAGAGAAGGAGAAGCCUGGACUCCCAUCUGCCUGCCCAAAUUCAACUCCAGCGGUUUCUUCCAUGCUCACAUUUCCUACUUGGCGCAGGAUACAGACUUAUGUCUCCUUCUGAUCUCCACUGACCGUGAGGACUUCUUCACAGCGUCUGACUGCAAGCGCAGGUUCCAGGAACGGCUGAAGAAGCGCGGUGUUUAUCAUGCCCUCGUGGAGGCACUGUGCACUCCUUUCUACACUGUCUCCCAGGUGGGAAUCCCAGACCUCCGACACUUCAUCUACAAAUCGAAGAGCUCAGGACUCUUCACCAGCCCAGAGAUUGAUGCUCCCUACAUCACUGAGGAGGAAAAAGAGAGACUUCUGGGAUUGUAUCAGUACUUACACAGCCGGGCCCAUAAUUCUUCCCGUCCUCUGAGCUACAUCUAUUACACUGGAUCUAAUGAAAAUCUCCUGGCUUGGGUAACUAGUGCCUUUGAGCUCUACGUAUGCUUCAGCCCCCUGGGAACCAAAGCAGCAGCUGUCAGCGCUGUCAACAAACUUAUGAGGUGGAUCCGCAAGGAAGAAGACCGGCUCUUUAUAUUAACACCCCAGACUUACUGACUGCUGCGGCCUGUGUCGUCUGCCCGGGGUUCCUCAGUGCCGGUGAAUGCCCGAAGGGACGUCUUCUUGUCUCUGGGGAGACUAGACCCUCUCUCAGAGAUUCCCUCCCCAACCAGAAAUGGGAGGAGGAGAAAAGGUGGGUCUGAGGAGAACAGAGUUUUGUGCCUACAGGGAGCAUCUGGGAAGGAGACUUGCAUUUCAGUUUGUACUACAUUUUAAACAUUAACCCUGCUGCGUCUGGAACUGAAACAUGGAUCCUCCUGGCCUUCAUCCAUGUGAUUGCUACCCAAGAUGCUCUUCAUCCCAAACACAGAAUGUAAUUUCUGCCACUUUUUUUUUUUUUUAGAUUGUCUUAAACCAAAUCUUGUCCACAUCUCCAGAGUGUGUUUUCCCCUCCUCUCCUAACAAGCUUCUGUUGGGAGAAGUUCUGGCAAUUGUUGUCCUGUAUGCAAGCCAAUGCAUCAAGGAGUCCAGUGUACUUCAUUGCCCAUGGCUUCCCUAAUCUUUAAUGACUUCCCAAAUGUCCUCUGUGUCCAACCUGUGCCAGGCUGCCUUGCACCUCAAGCAGUGGGUCAUCACUGGGGAGCAGAGAGAGCAUUUUAUGAACAGUCUAGCUCCCUGCUGCACAGUUCCCCUUGGAACUGGCUUAGGUCACUGAUUCCUUCUAGUUUUUAUGCAAGUUCGUAGUUUGCAAAGCUCUGAUGUAUCUACAUCUCUGCUAUUAUACUCCACAUGCUGCCCACACAGACAGGGGUGUAGGAAGGGGGGGCAGUGGGGGUGGACUACCCCAGGUGUCAUCCCGGGGGGGGGGUGUGUGACAAAAUCCUCCCAGGGUGGAUCGCCACCGCGCCGAUCACCCCCUCGGGCAGAUCGCACCGCCCCCAGAUCCAUGGCAUGUGCGCCGCUCUGGAUGCCCGAUAGACUUUUCUUUAUUAGAUUACUCAUAAUUUCAACCACAAAGGAAGGCUGCAGGUUCAAGGAUAGGUGUGGAUAAUGCAAGACUCUUUUAAUUGUUUAACAAUUGUUUAGACUGAUCACUUUCAGACUGAGGACAUACCAGAAAAAAUCAAAAGCUCAGAUUUUAUCCAUCCCAAGGACAAUGAUUUACACUGUUAGAUGACAAAAAGGCAAAGGUGUUUUCCACAUCAAGCUUAAACCACCUUUUUCUUACAUCUGUCUGCAAUUAUAUUUUGCAUUCUAUCCUUUCGUUAAUAACAUUUCUACAAAGUGCAAAUAGGAAGAAGAGAAAAGACAGAGAUGCUUUUUUGGCCUCGUGUUAUAGGAAUGCUCGGAGGCGAUGCAGUCUACUCAGGAGGCAGACUUGCAAAUUUCACGGGCGACAAAGGAGCUAAGUUCUACUCCCCAUGCCCAACCCAUCUGUGAUGUAACAGGAGAUUAUUCCCAUCCAUGGUGAAGCAAUCACAUUCCACGUACCGUAUACACAUAAUUAAAGAAUGCCAUGUGCUCCAGGAAUAACAAAUAGUCUAGUGAAAAGCAUACAUAUGGAAGUGGCGAUUGUGCCUGCAGUCCACUCUGUAAUUGCCUCAUUAUAAGAAAUGUAGAGACAGAUCUGGAGGGAGGCACAUGUAUAGCUGAUAUUCUACGCAGCGAGAAACAUAGCAAACAACAAAAUCAGCUCAGGUGGAAAGAAGGUGCGGACGACAUUUGAGAGGUUUGGGGAGAAUACAAAGGACUUCCUUAGGUCUUCCAAGUUCCAAAGUAGAUCAGCAAAGAGAAUUCUCUCUCUCGGGUUGACCUCUGUAAUAUACACACAGAGAAGACCAUACAGUUAUUCUAAAGUCUCAUUUACCUCAACCAAAUACUGGGCAUUAUUUAUCUUUGGCCAUGAUCUCAGACGGAUAGUAAACCUUUACCUGGGUUGUACCACCUCAGAUUGCAGGCGGGGGGGGGGGGCAUUGCUCAUGUGACCAAACAUUCCUUUGUACAAAAGGAAUAUAACAUUUUUGGGCACAUGGAGAAAUAGCAUGUCGGGGAGAAGGCUAGGCUGGACCUCUUCUCCCUGACAUCCAGUUUUCCAUGUGAAUUAUAUUUUUUGGAAUGAUAGGCAUUCAGUUUUUGCAUGCAUGCUGCAGUUGUACAGCCCUAGGCCCACGUUCGCUGUCCCCAUGUGUCCCCAGGCUUAGAUGUGAGACUUUGUAGGAACUCAGUACUCUAAGCUUGUUUAAGCUUGUGUGAGAGAGGGGGGAAGGUGGGGGGAGAGAAGGGUAACGUGACAUACCAAUGGCAAUGUAAUUCAUUAAAGCAAAUGAGCAAAAGCGUUGUGUCAACUCCUAUCUCUAAAAGGCUGGGAACAUGACAGCCACAGGGUGGCAGCAAAGGGUCAGAAGUGUGAAAGCUUUCUUACUGAUCAGGGCAGUGACAACACAAACAAGAAAUCGAUCCAAAUGGAAUUUUUAAAAUGAACAAAUUUCCUGUGCUUACAGUGUGCGAGUCCAAGGUCACAUCUUUUGCUACACAUGUGAAUUAGAAAGUCAUAUAGUUGCUUUAGAUUUCAACAGUUACAAUAUUCACGAUCAAUUCCUUAAUAACUUUUAACUUUCAUUUUCAGUAUAUUGGAACCUCCGUUGAGAAAACCUCAAUUACCCAACUAAAAAGCCUACUUAAUCCACACUCAUUUUUGUCCUUCACAUAUGUCAAAUCUCUCUAAAUAGUACUUUCAUUAAUCCAAAGUACAUCAUUUGAGUUUUCUGGAUAACAUCUCCCCUAACCUUACCUAACCUUUUGCUAAUUAAACCAUUUGGUUUCAGGAAA